AUGGGCGACAGGGCCGACAACUGUAACCUCAACUGGCCUCUCCCGAUACGGAGAAAAUCGUCGGUGGCGAAAAAACGGCGGACGAAAAAGACCGAUCAGACUUCGGUUACUGGUAAAACUUCUUCGAAGACUUCCGAGGUAAAGAUUGACGGAAGAUCGAGUGAAGAUUUGGUUGCUAAGAAAACAGUUUCGCAUGACUCAGGUGUGAAAAUUAAAGCAAACUCUACGAAGGGUUUAAGAGCGAAGAGCCAGAAUCUGAAGUCUUCAGACGUCAAAUCUACGGGAGAAACAAAACCAAACAAGGAAGGUCAACGUUCCACCCCACCAGAGGAACCAGGGGAUAAAAUCCCCCUGUCCAAAGCCCACGAAGACUCCUCCGGGAAAAAAGGGACUAACAACAAUAAACGUCCCUCGACCGAAUGUUCCAGAAGGUCUAUGUCCAGUUUGCCAAAGGGUACAUCACCCUCUGAGUGCAGACGGGCUCCGGUGAGGCGAGAGGGGAAAUCCCCAACACGACAGAGGAAGCAGGAAGUGGAGAGUAGGCCGAGGGGGACAUACUUCCGAGUCUGUGCCAGUGGUGAGGGCAAGAAAUCGCGGGGCUGUGGAGCGACUUUCCCUCACGAGAGCACAAAUAAAUCAUCGUCACGAGGAGAAAGAUUUCCUCGCGAGUCAGAAGUCACGACAUCGGUGCAGUCAGACUUGAGACAGAGCUGCUGCACAGCAGGAAAGAAAUACCACUCGAAAUGUCACCAUCCAUCUUCAAACGGCACAUCGAGAAACCUGUUUAAAGCACGACUUUCUGGCCUGAAUUCAAAGAGAAGUAUUUGUACAGUUUCAGCUGCUAGAGCUACUUGUAGUUCCGUAAAAUUCGACAUAUCUACGAGAUUUAGCGAGCCCGAUUAUUUGAGAAUGCCAGGAUCGAAAGAACAAAAACUCAAUGCACACCGUAAGGAAGUUGUGGGAAUUUCCGAUGUUGUGUGUGCGUCACUGCCGCCAAUCGUGUGGUCGCAGGAACAGGAAGUGCAGCUGAAACAACAAACUUCUGACGUCUGGGCAGACUGUAUUGUGGGGGCUGGGGACGGGGACACUUGGGGAAACUCUGGGACUCGGCUGGGGCCGCGGGAGAGAUUGGCAAAGGGGAAGAAAAUUAAAGCCAAGAGUUGCAGGAAACAUGGGCCGGGACGGAAGGUUAGAUCUAGAACUCCGUCUGUGACGAGAAGUACUAGACCUAGAUCUGAUGGUGGUCUGUAUUCUCUUGAUUCAACAAGAAGACAGGUAACACCUGGAAAAAGCUGCAGUUUGCAAGAAACUGUUCCACGUAUCCCGUCUUGGAACGAUCCUAAACUUGCGGAUGACUCUGUUCCACCACAUUGUAGAUCUACGCUCUCCCUAAACCACUGCAAGCGGCUGUUGGGUCUGACAAAUCACGCACUUAAUUGUGCAAGUAAAAAAACACAUGACCAGUCUCAGCCACGAUAUUCUGACUCAUGUGAUGACAAUAUCGGGAAAAGAGAUGAGUGUGAGACAUUAAUUGGUAAGCUCUCGUCGGAAAGAUCGUCAGAAUUGACUCACAAUCGCUGGGCACACUCUCGCGCGAGAGUUCGAGAUCGUGCUCAGUCCCCACAGCAUACACUUGAACACAGCUCGGCACACGAACUGAUCGGGGAGGAAGGAGAAAGUCACUGCCAUCGACUUGGUCUGGGGGCUGUGUCAGGUCUGGGGGCUGUGUCAGGUCUGGGGGAUGUGUCAGGUCUGGGGGCUGUGUCAGGUCUAGGGGCUGUGUCAGGUCUGGGGACUGUGUCAGGUCUGGGGGCUGUGUCAGGUCUGGGGGCUGUGUCAGGUCUGGGGGCUGUGUCAGGUCUGGGGGCUGUGUCAGGUCAGGGGGCUGUGUCAGGUCAGGGGGCUGUGACAGGGCCACAUAUUCCCCCACCACACCACGUCGGGGACGGAGACAGGGCGGAGAACGGUAGCUCCAGGAAAAGUGUCGAGGCUGUAGUCGAUUCAGAGAUACACGGAGUAUAUUGUUCUUUUACGAGUGAGCGUCUGUCAACCCCGUACGCUGAUAUUGAAGGUGACAUUUUCUCGGCAUCUCCAAAAAUAAACCAUCUCUACCAACAAAGGCGAGGAAAAAAGUCGUCAGGUGGAGUUUCUCGGAGCAUACUUCUGUCGCCAAAGCAGCGGAAAAAUUUCUUUGAAUUACCCGGGUCAUUAUCGUCCCAGGGGGAUUCUACUCUUCACACCGUUGAUCAUCGCCUGGCUGUUCCAUCCGGACUCAAAAUGUCUGACGUCAUACGUGUGACGAUAAACGUCACGGACACUUGUGGACCGCAGUCUCCCGCCAGGUCUCCCGUCCGUGAGGGGGGAGAAAUUUCCAGAGCGGAGUCACAGUUGGGAAGUGACUCGAAGCCACGGGAGAAAAAGUCGUCACGACCUCAAGUGGGCGAGGGACAAGACGAAGAGGAAGACCCGACCAUCACCACCGGGGAGAUGUUCACGGCCGAGGAGGGAUUCGUCUCGGCCACAGCUGACCUAAACAAGGGUCCAUCCGGAAACGAAACAACAGUAACAGCCAGAAUCCAACCCGUCACUUCUGAGAUGCUCUCCGACUUGGACGCCAAGGACGACAGCGUGCUGACGAUGUCCUGCUCGCAGUUCCACACGGCCAUGGAUCACACGCCUGGUGCUCCGGACAUGGAUGACCAGCGGACGGAUGGCCUCGAUUACGUCACUGCCGAGGGGGGUGGCUACUCUCCUCAGAAGCCAGAUUGUUCGCCACAACAAACCAACGAGUGGUCGGGGCCUCAGAGCUACAAGACUUCCACAGAGUGCCGGGACAAGUAUAGACCUAUCUCCGACUCUGAGCCAUGCAAGAGCUGUACAGGUUCUGAGACAGAAUCACCACGACAACUACAACCAACAGCAGAACAGACUACGGACACAAGAGGGUGCGCUGACGCCAUCACCACCACCACCACCACUACCACCGCCGUCACCGUCCCCGCAAUCGUCACCGACACCGACACCAACACCGUCACCGACACCGACACCGCUACCGCCAAGAGCCAGGCCUACAGCUGUCAAUAUUUCCCUCCACGCGUCUCUCCCGUCAGUGCCACCUACACAACGCCCUCCUUUUCACACAGUCGUGCAUGUCGCUCCUCCUUCUAUCCCAGACCCCGCCACUCCUGCUGCCUCUACUCCUACCCGCCCCCUCCCUCCCCCUGCCCCGUCUCUUCUACCUACUCAUUCUCCUCCUCCUCCCCCUGUCCUGUCUCUUCUACCUACUCCUCUUCCUUCCCCUGCCCUGUCUCCACCUACUCUUCCUCCUCUUCCUCCCCCUGUCCUGUCUCCUCCCUCUCCUCCUGUCCAGCUACGGACAUCUGCCAGUCCCUCCUCUCCUCUUCCUCCCGCGGGGGCGGCCCAUGUUCCAGGAGGGCGAGACCGUCUUCCUACGCGCCGUCACUCACCAGUAACUACCUGUCACAUCACUGCACGGCCCCGCCCCUCACAUAUUAUAGCUCCUCCCUCAGCACCGGCUGCUACUCGCACGCCCAAACCUGUCUCUCGAGUGUGACAACAACAACCUCAACAGCAUUCGACACGAGAUACAAAUACCCCGGUCAGACACCUCCGUUGUCGUCAUCCCAGCAGCAGCAGAGGCCAAACCUCACCGCCGGAAACACGCAGCAAAAGAGCAAAGAUGACGUCAAAGCUUUGAGCGAGGAGGAAAGGCGAGCGGACGGAAAGAGCCCCGGCUGCCAGAGAAAGUCUCCCUACCAGCAGUUCUCUCACCUCGCCGCCGUUGACUUUUCAACUCCAGACACAAGAAGCACCCAGGUGGCAUCGCGUUGUUUUAGACCUCCGAAACUGUGUGGACCGGGAACCACAAACCUCCCCACCACCACCACCGCCCCUCCUCCUCUCAAUGUUGAGACUCCACCAACGACAGCCCAGAACGUAGAUGGCGCUGCGGUCGUGGCUGUAAUUCGAAAGGUCGCGGAUCCGACCCCUGGCGAUCGACAGGAUGGGGGUGGCGGGGUUGCUUCUUCACCUGAACACCCCGUGCCUGCGUGUAAGAAAUCCACGGCACAAAACGAGCAGCCCGGAAGUUUGCCUGCGGUCAGUAAGGGAGACACGAACUACUCCUGCUCCUCGGGUCACCCGUCGUCGUCCUUCCCGUGUUGUCGUUGUUCUCACUGCUGCUGUCAGGUCAGCCGGUCGAUGCGUGGCGCAUGCGGUGCAAGUCGAAGCUCCGCCUGUAAUCACGUGAGCCGGAUCAGCUGUGCGGACACAUCUAGGUACCAGACCACUCCCUUUACCUCCUUCUCCUUCUCCCCCUCCUCCUCCUGCUCCUCCCCCGGCUCCUCCUCGCGACAACCGCCACCACCGACCUACCACUCCCCGGAGAUGUGUUGCGACGAGGACGUCAAAAUUCGCCGUCUGUGCGCUAAAUACGUCAGAGAUCCAGGUUCCUCCGAGUUUGUUCCCAAGUCAGAUUUCUGCCGGAUGCUGGGCCCGCAAGUGGUCAGACCGUUCAUCAGGAGGUCGUACACGACAGUUACGUCAGACGUGGUCACGUCAUCGUGCUAUGACGUAACAGGUCCCCCUGGUCGAAUUGACUCGGAGGCUGGUUAUACUGGAGCUCAAACCGGCAGUGAGAAGGGGAGAAGCCCAUACCCUGACCGAGCCACACCGCAAACGAAGGAUGGGAUCGAGCAAUCGAGGCCACAAACGAAAUGUGCGAUUGAACAAUCGAGGCCACAAAUGAAAUGUGUAAUCGAACAAUCAAAGAAACAAACCAAAGAUGUGAUCGUACAAUCAAAUAAAAAAACUAAACAUAUCGAAAAGUCGAAGAAACAAAAUAAACAUAUCGAAAAGUCGAAGAAACAAACCAAAGCUGUGACCAAACAAUCGAAACCUCGAACAAAAGGUCAGGCGGCCACUAACCCUCCUUCCUCGCAGACUUCCUCCUCCUCCUCCUCCUCCUCCUCCUCCUCCUCCUCCUCUUCCUCCUCCGCCCCGCCCCCUGCACACCCUCCCAACAUGUCGGCCAAGUCUGCUGACGACCAUCGAGAGGAGCGGGCUCAGGAAGACACACCGGAGGUGGAGGUGGAGGUGGCGGAGGAAGAAACAGUAUACUCUCUCACUCCUCAAGAAGCACCUGUCGGAAUGCUGCUGACCAGACCCCUGCCGGCCAAACGGGUGAUGACCAGCACGAAUGCUUUCCACAUACAGAUGGACACGGUGGCCACGUACGUGCGAGGUAUAAUAGAGAAGGCUGCGGCAAUUGUGCUCUACUACGGUUAAAGGCGAAACGGUUAAUCAGAUAGCGAACUACUACUACUGUGGCUUUUGGCGAAACGGUUAAUCAGAUAGCGAACUACUACUACUGUGGCUUUUGGCGAAACGGUUAAUCAGAUAGCGCACUACUACUACUAUGGCUUUUGGCGAAACGGUUAAUCAGAUAGCGCACUACUACUACUAUGGCUUUUGGCGAAACGGUUAAUCAGAUAGCGCACUACUACAGGUAUAGUAUAGAUUGUGAAGCGCAAAGAUCUUGUUGCUGAGUGGGGAUUUGCGUUAUGCAAAUGCUAUCUAUCUAUCUGUCUAUCUACGGGUAAUGGCAAAACGGUUUAUCAGAUAGUACUCUGCUACGGCUGAUGGCGAAACGGUUAUUGAGAUGGUGUACUCCUACUACUACGGCUUUUGGCAAAACGGUUAAUCGGAUGGUGCACUCCUACUACUAUGGCUUUUGGCAGAACGGUUAAUCAGAUGGCGCACCACUACUACCACGGCUAACGGCCAAACUGUUUAUCAGACAGUGCACAACUCUGCGGUAUAGUACAGAUUGUGAAUCGAAAAGAUCUUGCUGUUGAGCGGGGAUUUGCGCUAUACAAAAGCUAUCUAUCUACCUACGGCUAAUGGCCAAACGGUUCAUCAGACGCAAACCGUCGGCUCUGUCGACACUCAGAUUUCAGAUUUUGCUUUUUUAAAUAAAA